CCGGAGAAUGCACGGUUUCAGUGCCGCAUUAGGCAAAAGGUAAACAGUGCUGGGACUGGGGUCUGUGCUGUGUCUUCUUCCUGUGCUGACGGAGGAACUGCUGAAGAUGCUGGCGAUGGUGAAGCUGCUGCUCAAAGUGCCUUUUAUUCCUUUGCCCCAGUCGCUCCUUUUCUGCUUGCAUCCGGCACCCAGUAUUCGUUUUUUCCUCCAUCCCUGCAUCACAGCAGUUUCAGAUCAUCCGCCAAAUCUUUCACCAGGUCCUUCACCAGAUCAGUCAUAUAAACAAUCACCCAAACCCACCACAACCCCAGAACUCAGCAAUUGAUACUUCUACAAUGACCUCUAUCGACAUCUCUCCAGUCUUCCACUACACCAAAGACCUCAGGCCCACCUCCCCCAUAACAUCUCUUGUGAAUCAGUUGCCGAAUAAUUCUCCCCCAAACAAUAACAAAUCCAUGAAAAAUAAACAAAUCAACAACAGACUGUUGUUCGUCACCCACAAUGAUCUGCCCAAGAGAAAAAGGAGCUCGUUGCAUUCAUCGACAACAACGACCACCACAAGUAAUAACUGUGACUCCAACUCUUCAAAUAAUGGCCAGCAUCUCAGUCUCCAGUCUUCUUCAAGUUUUGAAAGCGCUCCAACCAAUUCUGAUAUUUUUCUAUUCAAAAAUUCAACUGUUUUACAUGACAAUAAUAAUAUUAAUAUUAAUAAAAAUAUAAACAGUAACAGUAUCAAUGUUAACAACAGCCUUAAUAACAUUACGUUUAACACAAAUAUCAAUAAUAUAAACAGGAGUCUUAACAAUAUAAUAUUCAACAAUUCAAAUAACAUCAUCAGUGGCAACAACUCUUUCAAUCCAUCAUUUAAUAACUCUUUCAACUCUUCUCAAUUGUCCUCGCUCAACCAAUUUACUUCUCCCACUUUCAAUUUUGUAUUCAAAAAUAAAAAUUUGUCUGCAAAUAAAUUUCAUAUUUUAAGUCCAAACUCUAAUACCAAUACCAAUUCUAAUCCCGAUUUUAAUACCAAUUCCAAUAUCAUCGCCAAUAAGAGUAAUAAUAAAAGUGACAACAAAAGUGAUAGUAAUAAUAACAAUAAUAAUAAUAAUAAUAAUAAUAACAAUAAUAAUAAUAACGAUAACAAUAAUUAUGAAAAUAAUAA